AUAAUAUGUUUAGACGCCCCAACCAAUGGUUGUCAUAUUUUUGCAAUAAUAUUUAUUUACUAUUAAAAUAUAAAAUUGAAUAAAACUUUUUUUUUCAAUUGGUAAAUAGAAUCUUGUUUGUAUGUUUAAAUUUGUAAUGUGAAAUAAAAUGACUGACCGAACAAUAGCAUCGCGUCCAAGUCUGGAGCAAGUGAUUGCAAUAAUUGACUUCAUGGAGAAUCAUCCAGCCUUGGGUCUUGGGCAGCUCAAGGGACUCGAAGGACGCAGUCAAAGCAAGAAACUAUGGUUCAAAUUAACCAGAAUUGUGAACACUAUGAAUGGACCAACUAGACCGAUGAAAUCUUGGGUUAAGUACUGGGCAGAUAAAAAGUCUACAGUACGAGCCAAAGUAAUUUCUAGUGGCGGUGAUCCAAACCACCUGACAUCUAACAUAGAAAAAAGGAUAUGGGAUCUAUUUCUGUCAAAGGAUGAUGGAAACAAAGCUCGAAGCUCAGUGAAAUUGGAGUCACAGUUCAUGGACGGAACCGAGUAUGAUGAUGAAGUGGAAGAUAAUAAUGACCAUGAUACAUCCCUGAGCUUUGAAGAGCCCGUCGAUUUUGAGGAGCGACAAAUGGUUGUUCUCGAGAAAUUGGUGAAAGUGAUGAGUUCACAAGCGGAAGCAUUAAACCAAGCGUCGCAAGCGGCGGUCGCUCACGCGCAAGCAAUGGAAAAACUCGCCGAAGCGUCUGACAUACAGGCGAGAGCAAUAGAUCGUCUAGCAAAUACAUUUACUACGAUGUCAGGUGUGACGCACGAGGUUAGAGACGCUAUAGUUGACAUUGACGCAUCCUUAAAGAGGUUAUACACAGCGCCCACUUAGCAUUUAUAAAUAGUGAUAAUUAAAAGGAAAUGUAUAUUACGGUGCAUUUACGGAUCCCAAUUUUUUUAUGUCACAAAUGACAUUCAGAUUUAGCGUCACUUUGGACUUGAUAUCAUGCUGACGAGAUUUGUGACGAAGUUAGCAUGGAUUUGUAAAUACAAAAUAGAAAGUGUACCUAUGUAUAAGUGGAAAUUUCAUUUGUUUGUUUUAGAAACUUGAAGUGGCCAUUUUUAGAGGCAAACAUGUGUCUCAAGAAGGAUUUCAAUUUAUAGACUUUGUAAUAAAAGAGAUUUUUUAUUUAGAAUAAGUUGUAUUGAAUAAAGUUUU